AUGAAAAGAAGAGAUCCCAAAGCCAUUGCCAAGCCCACUGCUCCGCCGGCCGAUCUUCUCGUCUGUUUUCCGGCACGUGCCCGUCUCACCCUCCUCCCCAAACCCGCCUGCAGUCCGGCCAGAGCUCCGGCCGACUCCGCCCUCACCCGCCGCCACCACCACCCCAAGAAACCGCCCGCCGUUGCGGCGGCGCCGGCCCAUGCGAGUCCUCUGCUGUGGGGUGCCAAGGAGAUGGGGUCGGAGCCCACGUCCCCAAAAGUCACGUGCGCCGGCCAGAUCAAAAUCCGGCCACACGCCACCAAAAACUGGCAAUCCGUGAUGGAAGAAAUCGAGAGAAUUCACAAGAAGAAGAAAAUACCCAAUUCGAGAAAUCGAAAUCAAAAUCCCCUCGGCUUCAAGAGAGAAAUCGUCAAUUUUCUCUCGUGUUUACGCGGCUUCCGCUUCGAUUUCCGCUGCUUCAGAGGCAUCCCCGAAUCCGACGUCACAACAGAGGACGAAUCCGAAUCCGAACCCGAAUCCGAAUCCGAAGAAGAACCCGCCGAAGCUUCGAGAACCAUGUUCUCGAAAUGGUUCAUGGUUUUACAGGAAGAAGAAGAAGAAACCAGACCCAGAAACGGCGGCGUUUCAGCGGCGGAGGCAGAGCCGUCCUCUGGCCCUCCCCCAAAUGCUCUGUUACUGAUGCGUUGCAGGUCGGCGCCGUCAAUGGGGUGCCUCCAACGGAACCCAAAAGCAAAAGCAGAGGAAGAGCAGCAAUCGAAAAUUAGCUUGAAGUUGUUAAUGGAGAAAGAGGAGGUGAAUCCGAAGAAUGAAAGCUUGGUGGUGAUGGAUUAUGAUGCUGAUUUCUACAGACUUUCAGCGGAUAUUGCUAAGGAGACGUGGGUUGUGAGUGGAUCCAAUAAAUCCAAUGAAUCUGAUGACCCCUUGAUUAGAAGUCGAAGUUGGAAGAGAUGGUGA